UCGGUGGGUUUUGCGAAGAAAUGAAGUAAGAAACGAAAAACCCUAAACGGCUAAACCCUAGCAGAACCUUCCUUCUCAUUCCUUGGAAUGGCGGCUGAACUUCCGCCGGAUAUUCUCGCCGAAAUCUUCUCCCGCUUACCGGUAAAAUCACUUCUCCGAUUCCGAUCAACCUCAAAAUCACUUAAAUCCUUAAUCGAUUCCCUCAAAUUCAUCAACCUUCACCUAAAAAAUUCUCUAAAUUUCAACCUCAUCCUCCGUCACAACACCACCGAUUUCUACCAACUCCAUUUCCCUAACCUAACCAAAUCUAUCAUUCCACUCAACUAUCCCUUCACUACCAACAUCGAUCCUUCCACGCGGAGCCCCACCGACCUCCUCCGUAACAGUAAAAUGUCUCUUAUCGGUUCAUGUAACGGCCUCCUCGCCAUCUCCACAGGGGUAAUCGUUUUCACGCAUCCUAACAACCUCAACGAAAUCACAAUCUGGAACCCUAACACCCGUAAACAUCACAUUAUCCCUUUUCUCCCUCUUCCUAUUCCUAUUCUUAACUACGACGACAAAUGCUCCUUAUGCGUUCACGGCUUCGGUUUUGAUCAAAUAUCCGGUGAUUACAAACUCCUCAGAAUUUCUCACUUACUCGAUCUACAGAACCCUUUUUAUGAUCCACAAGUGAGACUCUUCAGCUUGAAAACAAACUCAUGGAAGAUAAUUCCUGCUAUGCCGUACGAUCUUCAACAUUUAUACGAUUUGGGGGUUUUUGUUGAGAAUUCUAUUCACUGGAUUAUGACGAAGAAACUUGAUGGGUUACAUCCUUCUUUAAUUGUCGCGUUUAACCUCACACUUGAAAUUUUCAAUGAGGUUCCUCUUCCUGAUGAAAUAGGUGAAGAAGUUAAUGGUGAGAGUUUUGAAGUUCAUGUUGCUGUUUUGGGAGGGUGUCUUUGUAUCACUGUCGAUUAUAAAGAUACUAAAAUUGAUGUUUGGGUCAUGAAAGAAUAUGGAUGUAGAGAUAGUUGGUGUAAACUUUUUACUAUGGCUGAGUCGUGUUUCGAUUUACCUUUGAAAUUGUUGAGGCCCAUAUGUUAUUCUAGUGAUGGAAGUAAGGUUCUGUUGGAAAGAGCUCAUGUUUUGUUGGAGGUACAACAUAGGAAGCUGUUUUGGUAUGAUUUGAAGAGUGAACAAAUUAGUUAUGUUGAAGGAAUUCCUCCUAAUAUGAAUGAAACUAUGUUUUGUGUUGGAAGUCUUGUCCCACCUUCCUUCCCUGUUGAUAAUCGUAGGAAGAAGGAGAAUCAUCCAAGCAAGAGAAGGGAUGACUUCUUGUCCCGAGGAUUUAAAUUGAGAUUGUAAGGGAUGGUAGGAAGGACCUGUGAAGUGCAGCUGAAACAUGAAGCACCGGUUGUUUCUUGUGAUGGAAUUAGUCACCUUGGUUUGUGGAAAAGGUUGAAUUGAUAAUGAUGGAAGUGCAGCCAUUUAGCUUUUAUAAGUUGUUUAUCUCUUUUUGAAUUGUCUGAGAUCACACUUAGCCUUCUUGUGUAAAACUUAGUGGAACUGAUCAAAGCUAUUUUUGCUUAGGCAUGUGAAGCAUGAGCAUCAUAUCACCAUCAAUUUAGAUGUCAAUAUCGAAAAUGGUCGAUUUGAAAAUUUGUAUGUGUUUGUGAACUCUAAAAUGAGGCAAGCAUCUUAUUUCUUAUUUCUAUUAGGAAACAUGAAAUUUUCAACAGGGCUUCUAAUGUAUAGACUCCUUAUUAUCAUACAUAAAUUUUGAACAAA